GCGCCCUCCCGCCCGGCGCUGCCGAACUUGCUCUAACUUCCUCGGCCGAGCCGGGCAGCGCCGCCACCGCCGCGCCUGGGUCCCUAUGCUGUGCCUGAAACCCUCCUGGGGUUCUGAGCAGCUGGGCAAAGAGUAGGAGUACCCAGUGCUGGGCUUGUUGGCCACCUGCCCAGUACCUUGAUUCUGCUUCUCAGAAGAUGCACUAUUAUAGAUACUCUAACGCCAAAGUCAGCUGCUGGUACAAGUAUCUCCUUUUCAGCUACAACAUCGUCUUCUGGUUGGCUGGAGUCAUCUUCCUUGGAGUCGGGCUGUGGGCAUGGAGCGAAAAGGGCGUGCUGUCCGACCUCACCAAAGUGACCCGGCUGCAUGGAAUCGACCCCGUGGUACUGGUCCUGAUGGUGGGCGUGGUGAUGUUCACACUGGGGUUCGCCGGCUGUGUGGGGGCUCUGCGGGAGAACAUCUGCCUGCUCAAGUUUUUCUGUGGUGCAAUUGUGCUCAUCUUCUUUCUGGAGCUGGCCGUGGCCGUGCUGGCCUUCCUGUUCCAAGACUGGGUGAGGGACCGGUUCCGGGAAUUUUUCGAGAGCAACAUCAGGUCCUACCGGGACGACAUCGACUUGCAGAACCUCAUUGAUUCCCUUCAGAAAGCCAACCAGUGCUGCGGGGCGUUCGGCCCUGAAGACUGGGACCUCAACGUAUACUUCAACUGCAGUGGCGCCAGCUACAGCCGUGAGAAGUGUGGGGUGCCCUUCUCCUGCUGCGUGCCGGAUCCCGCGCAAAAAGUUGUGAACACACAGUGUGGAUAUGAUGUCAGGAUUCAGCUGAAGAACAAGUGGGACGAGUCUAUCUUCACAAAAGGCUGCAUCCAGGUGCUGGAGGGCUGGCUCCCAAGGAAUAUUUACAUUGUGGCCGGUGUCUUCAUUGCCAUCUCACUGCUGCAGAUAUUUGGCAUCUUCCUGGCGAGGACCCUGAUCUCUGACAUUGAGGCGGUGAAGGCAGGCCACCACUUCUGAGGAGCAAAGCGAGCAAGCGGAGCUGAGCCAUGCCAUGGAGGCCGACACCCUUCACUGUCGCCAGCCUUGUAUUCAAGGGGGAGGAGCUGAAACACCUUCCCACGGCCAGCCCUGUCUUCGGCAUCAGUGUGAUGUGACCUCUCUGUUUCUGCUUGCUGGUCCUGAAGAUUGAGGGACCCCCUUGUUACCUACUCACACUUGGCGACUACAUCCCCACCAGGGUCUACCCAGAGACAGAGAAUGUGUCUGCGUGGUAUUGUUGACCCUGAGGGACAGACAGGGCUCAUGACCACAGGGAGUGUUUGACUUGGGCCCGGAGCCCACACAGGUCUGCAGGACACCAUCUGUUUUGGGUCAUUCACAUCUGUGGGUGGGCUUUGGGUAGAGGGGCCAGCAGGUGAGGACAAGGCUUCUUGCUCAUUAGCACCCUGGGGCCUUGCUUGUAGCUGGGAAGGAGGAAGGGGCCCUCAGGGACCUCCGAGUGCCAUCUGAGUCUGUAGUGGUAUGUGUGCAUCCUCAGCCAUGUCCACAUGAAGUAAGCCUGAGCCAGUGUGUGGACUGGUACCACGGGAGUGCCUUGCCUGCUGCCCCCAAGUCUGUCAGCCAUUCUUUUGGGGCAAGAAUCCCCAGUCUCAACAGCAUUAAGUUCUAAUGGCACCAGGCAGCGGUGGGGGUGGUGGGCAUGGCUCUCCACUGAGAGUCUGCUCUCCUUUUCUUGAAAGUGUGUAAAUAGUUUAUUUAUAGGGGUAAGAGUGUUCUCACCCAUUUCUUCAUUUCCUCCUCUUUCCUCCGGCAUUCUCCUCUGAACAGCCUUAUGUGGUGUCCACAGCUAGAGCCAUCCCAUUCAGUUCCCUUGAGUGUCCCAAGAGCCAGCCCACGACAGCUCCUCCUCCCCCUGUGGACACAUCCCCUUCCUCCAUCAACCCACAUACUUCCUCCUCCCCAGCUUGGCCUCACUGUCUUCUGUCUUGGUGCUACUGAAAUUGUCACCUAAAACUUGAAUCCUAUACUCCCUCCCCCGCCCCCACAAGGCCAGGGAACCCUAGCCAGAGGAUGGCCAGUGUGAAACCUUUGGCCAGGGCCCCUUGUGGCCACAUCCCUAGAUCUGGCCUCUUUAGCAGCCAGGCCCUGCACCCAGUUGCACCCCAUGCUUGGAAUGUUUUAUUUCUGACCUUCAUGGUGAUUCCCCUCAGUGGGAUAACUGUGGUCACUGGGCCCACCUUCCUGUUGGGGCUGUUCUGGGACUUGCUCUAGGAAAUGAAGUUGUCUUAUGUACUGAAUCGCCCCUGUGGGGAUAGCUGGGGCAUUCAUCCAUUUUUGACUGGGCUGCUUCCUGAUGCUUCCCUGUAGCUUGUACCACUUUUCUCUUUACUGUCAAGGGACUGAGUGUGACCUGCAGGUUUUUGCUGAAGUGUAUAUUCUAGUGUGGUGUAUACUGGUGACUGUUGAUGACUUUUUUUUUUUUUUUUUUUUAACAAUUCUCUGUAGGCUAGGAGAAGAAGAAUGCUUGUGUAUUUCACGGAAGUGUGAUGCUUCUCUUUGACUGCCAAACUCUUUUACGGAAUAUAUCUUUAUAUUAA